UGACCUUCGGUUUGUCAAGUCACAUCCCCUUAAAACCAGAUCAACCAUCCGUAUCAUACCAGCCGGACAUCCCCUCAUACUAUAUAUAGCCCAUUGAGCGGCCUUGUCAUCAUGCUAUCAUCACGAGGCAACAACAAUGCACAGCUUCACAAGAUUCCUUGGCGCUACGCCCUGCCACAUACCUACGAUAAGGAGACCAACCCGUUGGGAAUGAUCUCGUUCGGAUUGGCGGAGCAUGCCCCAAUGCGCGCAGAGAUAGCCAACUACAUCAACACCAAGGUCAAGUUCAACAUAGCAUCCGUCGCCUAUGGCUCUGGGAACGAUGCUACUGCCCGUCUACAAACAGCCGUCGCAGCACAUCUUGACGACGUCCUCAAGCCAAUCGCCCCAAUUGACCCCGAAGACGUCAUUGUCACCAGCGGCGCCACUGCAAUAGGAAGCAUGCUUGGAUUUACAUUAGCCGAGUCAGGCGACGGAAUCCUCGUUAGUCGGCCGGUGUACGGACGGUUCGAGCUCGACUAUGGAGUCGAAGCGGGCGUGCAGAUGGUCUACGCAGAUACUGAUACGGAAGAGGCAUUCGCUCCCUCUGUUGUUGAGAAGUACGAGAUAGCCCUCAAAGAUGCUCAGACAAGAAGUGUUCAGAUUCGAGCCCUGCUCCUAGUGAAUCCGCAUAAUCCCGUUGGCCGCUGCUACCCCAAGCAAACCCUAACAGAGAUCCUCAAAUUCUGCAACAAACACCAACUUCAUAUCAUCAGCGACGAGAUCUACGCUUCCUCGGUCUUCGACUCUGGAGACCCAGCUGCCAUUCCAUUCACAUCUAUAUUAUCUCUCAGCAGUCCGGAGCUGAUCAACCCCGACCUCGUACACUUGUUAUACGGAUUCAGCAAGGACUUCGCAUCCGGUGGCCUACACAUAGGCUUCCUAAUCUCGCAAAACAAACCCCUCCGCCAAUCCUGCAAGGCAAUCCUACGCCUCCAUAAUGCCUCCUCGGCAGCAAUAACAAUCACCACCGCCAUCCUCGAAGACCGCGCCUUCGUCCACGACUUCACGGCAAAGUCCCAGCAGUCUCUCGCUUCGACAUACCGCACCGCAACUUCUACUCUCGAUCGCGAGGGAAUCAAGUAUAUCAAGGGAGGGAACGCGGGCUUCUUCAUCUACAUUGAUCUAUCCCCUAACCUUCCCCCACCGGAAUCACCAACAUCACCGUCCGAAUUCGCCCUCGCCCAGAACCUCGUCAACGCAGGCGUCUUCCUACAUCCAUGUGAAGAACAUGGGAAGAAACCGGGGUGGUUUCGACUUGUUUUUGCUCAUGAGGAGGAUGUCUUGAGGGAGGGGUUGAGAAGGUUGUGUGUUUGGGUUUUUGAAAUUGAGAAGGAUAAUGUCAUAGAAUACGGAAUGUGGUAA